CUAGAACACAACAAAAACCUUGCUCAUAUCCCUUCUAGCAUUUGUCAGUUGGAAAACCUACGUAGUCUCGGUCUCAUUGGCUGCACAAAAAGAAUUACGUAUCCAAAAUUAGAUUCCUUGACGUUUACCAACUGGUUCUCCAAAGUGAAAAGAUUAAAUCUACAAUUGGAAACUUUCGUUAUCCUUCCUGGAGUGAUGGAUCGAUUUGUUGGAUUGAGGGAACUUAGUUUAUCUGGAUGCGAUAAACUCAAAAAAAUCAAAAAACUUCCCCCAAAUAUAGAAGUGGUAAGCGCUUGUGGAUGCAGCUCAUUGGAAAGUUUUCCAGAUAUAUCAAAGAGGUUUGAAUUCAAUACCAGCAACUUGAGUAAACUACAUUCGAUUGACUUGUCUGGAUCCUCUAAAAUGCUUGUAAAUGUUGGGAGUCAUGUGGCAGCUAUUCUAAGGCCCCAACAGGAAGUUACAGGGUACGGCAAGUCAAGCGGCCUUCUAUUUCCAGGAAAUAAGAUUCCAAAUUGGUUCUCCAAUUGCAAGGAGACUUCAAAUAGUUGUUCAAGUGAUAUAUUUAUUGAAGUUGAACUGCUCAAUCCUAGUGUGAUUAAAGGAAUCCUUACAUGUGUUGUUUUAAACGCACAUCUUGACAUGAUUUCUAGUUCAAUUACGGUCAACUAUGAUGGUAGAUGUCUGGGUACUAUAUUCAAUAUAUUUUUUUUUUUAGGGGGCUCAGACCAUGUAUGGUUGGCUUUCUACGAUCUAGAGCCUUUUACCCUAGCGAAGGGAAGUCUGCAAAUUCGUUUUGAAUGCGAUUCAGAUGAAAUACUCUUCAAGCAUUGCGGAGUCCAUCUGGUACGCAAGGACGAGAAGAAUUCUAAGAGGAAGCGUGAUGAUGAUUGUAACUUCAAAUCCAAUUGGUAUCCGCAACAGAAGAGUUAUUAUUCGGACUAUUCAGACUCAGAGAAUGAUGAUGAUCAUGAGGAGUGCUAUUCACACUCAGAGGAUGACGAUGACGAGGAGUACUAUUCAAUGGAUGACAAUUUAGAGGAUGGCGACAAGGAUUAAGAUUUAUACCAUUAAAAGUAUUGCGGGCAAAGCGAAUCUGGAGAAGUCAUACCUGGAACCAGCUUUGAAAGCUUUCGAGGAUGGGCUUAUGAUGAAGAAUGUGGUAUGUUUCAGUGAUAUACUAUGUUUUCAUAUUUGCUUUAUCUGUACUUCUCAAAUAAACUCAGCCUGCUACGUAGAGCUCCUCGUUAUUACAUCACAGGCUGAGGAGAUAGCAGAGAAACUCUGUGAAUCAGUGGCAGCGAGUCUUGAAGGGAAAAAGUUGGCUUCAUUUACAAGGAUAUCUUCAAUAGUGCAGGCAGCAAUGGAAGAAGCUCUUGUUCGUAUUUUAACUCCUAGGUGUUCUGUUGACAUAUUGAGGGAUAUGCAUGCUGCCAGGGAACAAACGAAGCCUUAUGUUGUUGUUUUUGUCAGUGUUAAUGGAGUUGGGAAAUCUACAAAUCUAGCCAAGGUUGCCUACUGGCUUCUGCAGCACGAGAUGAAUGUCAUGAUGGCUGCUUGUGACACAUUCUGAUCUGGAGCUGUUGAGCAGCUGUGGACUCAUGCAUGAAGGCUCCAGUAAUACAAGCUGGACCGCUGUAUUGUCACAUUUUUCUCUUGUAAGAUUCCUAUAUUUGAGAAGGGCUGUGAGAAAGAUCCUGCCAUUGUAGCAAAGGAAGCAAUCCAGGAGGUAACGGAUAAUGGUUCUGAUGUGGUUCUAGUUGAUACAGUUCGUUGAAUGCAUUAGCUGGUAUUAUGUUAUAAAUAUCUGCUGUUAUCUGCUAUAUGUAUUACACUGACUUUUAUAGAUAAUUAGGGCUAUGUAUUUCUCUGUCAUGUUAUUUUUUACUCCAUCAUGGCCAUUUGAUACAUGUACUCCAUUUUUCAAGAUAAUGAACUGUUGAUGAGGGCACUCUCAAAGCUUAUUUACCUUAACAAUCCUGUUCUCGUCUUGUUUGUUGGAAAUGAUGCCGUUGAUCAACUUUCAAAAUUCAAUUAGAAAUUAGCGGACCUUUCGACUUCAGCUAGUCCAAGACUGAGAUGGGAUCUUGCUCACAAAGUUAGAUCCUAUUGAUGAUAAGGUUGGAGCUGCACUAUCAAGCAUAUUACGAAUUUGCCAAAAAGAGGAUAGAGCUCCUGAUACAAUAUUGGUAUACAAGUGUCUGUGUUUGAACAAAUGAUCUCUUAACCUUCUGUUACAAUGGAAAUUGAUCAGCUUGAGCUUUGAAAAUGAUGAAGAGGUAAAUUAGGAAAUAGAGCAGGUUUUGAAAAGAAAGAAAGAAAGAAUUGCUCGUAUGUAGUUUGUCAUGCUGCAAGGCAUUGUUUUACCAAUCUGUAUCAGCAGUUGUAGUAACUAUCUUGGCACAGAAAAGUAGAUGAUUUCUGAUUACAAGCCGUAGUUCAAUCCAAAAUGUAUUCUGACACACUGAGCUAAGAAGAAAUGCCCUUGCAUACUUGCUUUAGUCAGAAACACAGUUUUGCAAA